GUCACACCCGAUCUUUCGCUCCCGCUCUCAUCAAUUAUCACGUACACUUCCUUAUCUGCACAGGCCCGUUAUACCUAUUAUCUCCACAAGGCAGUGCUCCUCUGAGAUUCGAGCAAUGGCAUCAAAGGACAGAGAUAUUCUUCCCAAUGUGGUCAAACCUGCCCAUUAUGACAUUUCCCUCUUCGACCUGCAGCUCGGUGGCUCGUGGAGCUACAAGGGUAUAGUCAACAUCACUUCAAAGGUCUACAGUCCCACAAGGGAAGUGGUGCUCAAUGCAAAAGAAAUUGAAGUGCACCAUGCGAAGGUUCUAGGAUUAGACGGCGUAGAGUUGACCAAAACGUCUGAGAUCACCUACGAUCAGAAAUCGGAAAGGGUGACAAUUAGGUUCCCCAAGGAACUCCCUCAGUCCGAACUCGUCGUCUCCAUAUCGUUCACCGGCACCAUGAAUAAUGCCAUGGCUGGGUUUUACCGCUCCAAAUAUAAGCCUGCUGUCGAGCCGACGUCUGACACCCCCAAGGAAGGAGAAUUUUAUUAUAUGCUGAGCACUCAGUUUGAGUCCUGUGAUGCACGCAGAGCAUUUCCUUGUUUUGAUGAGCCAAACCUCAAGGCGACAUUUGACUUCGAAAUUGAAGUGCCUAAGGGUCAGACGGCUAUCAGCAACAUGCCAGUCAAGUCCGAAAGGGAGGGCAGCAAGCCUGAGCUCAAAGUGGUUUCUUUCGAUACGACCCCAGUGAUGAGCACUUAUCUUUUGGCGUGGGCAAUUGGUGACUUUGACUACGUCGAGGCAUUGACCGAACGUAAAUACCAGGGAAAGAGUAUUCCUGUUCGUGUCUAUACGACGAAGGGACUUAAAGAACAAGCCCGCUUUGCUCUUGAAUGUGCACAUCGGACCGUCGACUACUUCUCGGAGAUUUUCGAGAUCGAAUAUCCUCUGCCUAAGGCAGAUCUUCUAGCGGUACAUGAAUUUGCAAUGGGAGCUAUGGAAAACUGGGGUCUUGUGACGUAUCGCACGACUGCCGUUCUGUUCGACGAAGGCAAAUCAGAUACUCGUUAUAAGAAUCGAAUUGCUUAUGUUGUCGCUCAUGAACUUGCACACCAGUGGUUUGGCAAUCUCGUAACAAUGGAUUGGUGGGAUGAGCUCUGGCUCAAUGAGGGCUUUGCUACAUGGGUCGGAUGGCUUGCUGUCGAUCACUUCUAUCCAGAAUGGAAUAUCUGGUCGCAGUUCGUGGCUGAAGGUGUCCAGCAAGCAUUUCAACUCGAUUCGUUGCGUGCAUCUCACCCGAUCCAAGUACCCGUCAAAAACGCUCUAGAGGUCGACCAGAUCUUUGACCACAUCAGCUACCUUAAGGGUAGCUCCGUCAUCCGCAUGCUCAGUACCCAUCUUGGGCGCGAAACUUUCCUUCGUGGUGUGGCGCAAUACCUCAAGACUCACGCAUAUGGCAACGCUACUACUAAUGAUCUUUGGAUUGCACUUAGCCAAGCAUCUAACCAGGACGUUAACAGUUUCAUGGAUCCAUGGAUUCGUAAAAUUGGGUUUCCAGUUGUCACAAUCGCGGAAGAGACGGGCCAACUUGAAAUUCGCCAAAACAGAUUUCUCUCAACCGGUGAUGUAAAGCCUGAAGAGGAUGAGACAACUUGGUGGAUUCCGCUCGGUAUCAAAUCGGGUCCCGAAUUGACGGUUCAGGACCCUCGUGCUCUCGUAUCAAAGGCGGACACCAUCCAGGGCAUUGGCCAGGAUUCGUUUUACAAGAUCAACAAAGACCUUUCCGGUUUUUAUCGAACCAACUAUUCCUCCUCAAGACUUAAAAAGCUCGGUCAGUCCCUGGAUUCGUUAAGCACUGAGGACAAGAUUGGAUUGAUUGGUGACGCUGCUGCCCUCGCUGUAUCUGGUGAAAGUAGCACUGCAGCCUUGCUAUCUCUUCUAGAAGGGUUCAAGGAUGAAACGAACUAUUUGGUUUGGUCCCAAAUUUCGUCUUCUGUCGGCAAUUUACGGUCUGUCUUCUCACAGAACGAAGAGGUGGCUGAGGGCCUCAAGAAGUUUGCUCGUGAACUUUCGGCCCCCGCCGCGAAUAUGAUCGGCUGGGAGUUCAAGCCCACUGAUGAUUAUCUCACUCUGCAGUUGCGGAAGCUUCUGAUCGCGAUGUCGGGGCUUGCGGGCAAUGAGAGUAUUGUGGCUGAAGCUAAGAAUCGCUUUGGUCUGUGGGCAACCGCAAAGGACAAGAGCGCUAUCCACACAAAUCUCCGCUCUGCAAUCUUCAGUAUUGCUGUCUCGGAAGGUACUAGAGAAGAGUACGACUCUGUGAAGGACGAAUAUCUCAAGACCGAUUCUGUUGAUGGCAAGGAAAUCUGCCUUGGGGCUCUGGGACGUACGAAGGAUGCUGCACUUGUCAAUGAGUAUCUGGACUUCGUGUUCUCGGAUAAAGUUGCUAUUCAGGACGUGCAUAACGGUGCAGUUUCCUUGGCGGCCAACUCCAAAGUUCGUCAUUUGCUAUGGGAGUAUAUGAAGAACAACUGGGACUCCGUAGAAGCACGUCUUUCCGCAAACAACGUCGUUUUCGAGCGUUUCGUGCGGAUGGGACUCUCGAAAUUUGCUGAUCAUAGCAUUGGCGAUGAUAUUGCUGCAUUCUUCCAGGACAAGGAUACAACUGCGUAUGAUCGCGCACUAGUGAUUGUGGCCGACAGUAUCCGGACCAGUGCCAACUACAAAGAAAGGGAUGAAAAGCAAGUCUUGAAAUGGCUAAAAGAGCAUGGUUAUGCUUGAGGGUAAGGUUGAGGAUUCUAAGCGCGCUUGCUCUUCUGAAUGACGGGAGUGAACACUCUGCAUGCCGAUCCAUAGUCUAGUAUUUAUCUUGAAUCGAAUCUCAUAUGGCUUUUGGACGG